AUGGCCCGACCGUUGAGAUCGAUAUUCACUGUCGCCCAGACAUCUAUCGCUGGACCAUCUACCCUCAGACCAUUGAACCCUUCUCUAAAAGUUGCGUCGCCUCAUCAGAAUCAAGUCCGAACUGCAUUCAACCUGUCCGGAUGGGAUCGAUUCCUACCUAAACUUCCUCGAUGGACGGAAGAUGAGAAGGAAAAGGAAGCUACCGCAAAUGCCUCGCAGGGUCAAGCUGAGGAAGGAGGAGUGAAGAUGGUCGAAGAUAAAGGUGUGGCUACUAGCGAGGAAGGAUCGACGGGCGGUUUGUUCGACGAAUACUCGAAAGAUAAGGAGGAAGAUGGAACGGGGAAAAAGAGGAGGAAGAGAGGUGAUGUACCUUGGACCGAGCACAAAUACUCUUCAGCCUUACAUAAAAUCUCGCAUCGAAAACUCAACGAUCUCUCUCGACAAAUAUCCAACUUACCCAUCGAUGAGGCUAUCGUCCAAAUGCAAUUCUCUGAAAAACGAGCUUCCUCAUGGAUCAAAUCGACUUUAGCAUUAUCAAGGGAUCACGCGAUGGAUAAAGGUUUAGAUAGAUCGAAAUUGGUUGUUGCCGAAACAUGGGUAUCUAAAGGACCUAAGAUCGCUCGACUGGAUAUUAAAGGAAGAGGUAAAUACGGUAUCAAACAUCAUCCAUCUUCCAAAAUCCACGUUGUCCUUAGAGAAGGUAAAACCCACGAAGAGAAAUUGCAAGAUAAGUUUAUCAAAGAUUUGAGAAAAGUUAGAAGUGCAGGUGUGGUAAGAGAGGAUGGGAAAAUAAGGAGGAAAGUGGUUAGUGGAUGGACUUGGUAG